CUGGUUCAGUCCCACAAGGUCUGACAUCAGAAAGAAAGCCUCAGUUUCCUUCAAGGAGUUUACCAUUAAGGCACAAACUUUUUUUUUUUUUCCUCAUCCCAGAUUUUUUGGUGCAUAAGUAUUUCCUUUGUCAGACAGCAGCUCCUGCCUGAUGAAAGACUCCAUCGAACACAGUUUUAGCUUCCCAGAGCUGAAACCUUUAAACCGGCUGCACAGGACAGAAAACAUCCCUUGAAACCUGGAUUCUGCUAAUGCAGGAAAGACGUAAUACAAAACGUUAAAUCUUGAAUUUCCUAAUAAAGAAAAUGUGUUCAACGAAUCCACAGAGUUGGGUGACUUUUGAUGAUGAAAAUUUGUUUCAACAUCCGCAGAAAUCUCAGAUAUUUUCUCACGAUGGUAUCUAUAUUCCUAAAUCAAGUGGCCUUAAACUGAGCCUAUCAAAUGAACAGAUAACGAGCCUUCCUUCCUCUAACCCUACAACUCCUCAUAUUUCUCCUGUGAUUGAUUUUUUUUUAAGUCCAGGUCCUCCAAACAAUACACCCAUUAUAGAUUUCCCAGGAACACCUUGCACUCCAAAAGGAGGUACCUCCAACCUUUAUCCUAUUGCAGAAAUAUCACAGAUGUUAUCAGAGGUACCUAACACAUUAGCAAACAGUGUGAUGCCAAAUAGUCCGUUAUCCUCAAGUUCGCUUGUUUCAGAAUCUUCACUUUUGAAUGACACGAUAGAGUCUAAAAGUAAUUUGGGUCACCACCUUCAAAUGGAAAACUCUCAGUAUUUUCAAAGUGACUGUGCCUUUUCAAGUCCGUUUUGGAAUAAAGAUGUCACAGACAUUAUUCCGGCAUCUCAAGAGCCCAUAACAAAGUACACAGAAAAAAAGGAGAAAAAACAGGAAUAUAGCUCAUCUGAAAAGGUAACUUUAAACAACCAGAAAAGUCUAAACCAGAGUUCUUUCGGUUAUGUCUGUGAAAGACUUCAGCACUUAAAGACUGAUGCACCUGUCAAUUUGACAGACCUACCUGUAUGUUCAGAAAGAAACGGCCCAUCAUUUCUUCCACAAAAUCUUUUUCGAAGUCAGAGAAGAGAUGGGUGGCCUUUCAUGCUAAGGAUUCCUGAGAAAAAGAACAGAAUGUCUUCUAGGCAGUGGGGACCUAUAUACCUAAAGGUUAUAGCAGGUGGAAUACUGCAAAUGUUCUAUGAAAAAGGCCUUGAAAAACCAUUUAAAGAAUUUCAGCUCCAUCAGUUCUGCAGGCUUUCAGAUCCAAAACUAGAGAACUUAGGUUUUUCAGAUAAAAUACACACUGUAAAAAUAGAACACAUAACAUACGUAGAGAAAAGAAAAUAUAAUCCAAAACCUGAAGUUGUCCAUGAGGCAGAAGUCGAGCAAAUGUUAAAACUGGGAACUACUGAUUAUAGUGACUUAUUGGACUUUAUCACAACAAUAGAAGAGGAAUUUAUGCUAUUGUCUCCAGUAUCAAAACCUGGAAAAGAUUACGAAGAGCCAAAAAUGGUUGUGGAACUAGUGGACAAUUUCUGGGGAGAGAUCAACAAAGAAGGAAGACUUACAGGAAGUACUGUUAUUUGUCAGGUAUUUUGCCUUUGUUUUAUAAACAGUGGCACUGAAUGUUUUUUAACAUUAAACGAUGCCGAUUUACAAAAAAUAUCUAAAAACUACUUUGAAAAGGACAAUGACAAAACCUGGAUUAAUAUUUGUGAGUGCCAUUUACACAAGUGUGUUAGAAGUCAGGAGUUUCAGACAUCAAGGAUCAUCAAGUUCACCCCAGUUGAUGCCUGUAGGUUUGAGCUAAUGCGCUUCAAGACUUGUUUAAAUGGACAAGAGCCUCCUUUUUCUCUGAAAACUGCAGCAAUAGUACAGGGAGCCUAUGUAGAACUCCAAGCUUUUAUAAAUAUGUCCCCGACUGAUGUAGCUUCUUCAUUUUUAAACACUACACACUAUUGCGAAAAUAUCGCCAUCCACUUCCCAGUUCCAGAACCGUGGAUGAAAGCACUGUGGACUGUUUCAGUUCAGAGGCAAAGGUCUCUGAAAACAAAAAUGAACAGAAGAGCCUGUCUUGGAUCCGCAUAUGAAAUAGAAUCUGAACCCGUAAUACAAGUAACUAUUGGAACAGCAAAAUACGAAAGCGCGUAUAAGGCUGUCGUGUGGAAGAUUGACCGGUUACCAGACAAAAAUACUAGUUACGAUCAGCCGCACAGCUUGUCCUGCAAACUGGAACUUGGCUCCGACCUAGAGAUACCAAACAAUUGGAAUCCCGUUGCAACAGUGAAGUAUUUUAUGCCUAGCGCAUGCAUCUCUGGUGCAGAGGUGAAAUCAAUGGGAAUUGAAAAUGAUAUUCAGCCUCAUAAACACGUCAUUCAGAAAGCUUGCUACAACAUCCAGGUGGAGAUUGAACGAAAAGUGGUUCUAACUGAAUCAGAAGAACUGGACAAAGCUGGGGAGUGUAAAACACAGUAGACAUUUUUAUUGUUAAGGAUUUAAACUUUGUUUACUUACCGCACGAUUCUCGUCCAACAGGGCUGUGCAGAAAUCAAAAGUAGCUGUAUAACCAUGAUAAUAGAUAGAAAGCUAAAAUGUUAAUAUUAUUUUUUAUAUUUACAAGGUAAAGGAAAAUAAUAAUCUAUGCAAUUGAUCAGAUCCUAGCAUUUCACAUAUACAUGUAUAAUUCUGCUAUAUACGAUUUAAAUACCUAUUUCAAUUUGAUUAACCAGAUGGACCUCCAAAAAGAAACUGACACAUUUUUUUUGCAAAAGUUUUCUCAGAAGACAUAGAUCGGUUGUCCCCCAUAAGUAUAUGCUUUGGUUAAACUUUAUUGCUCCUGGUUCAAACGAUUAAGGUAAAUGGAAGAGAUGUUGCAGGGAUAUCCGAUGUAUAUGAUUUUACACUAAUGGCAUUUGUCUUUCCAUUCAAUGACAAAGGCAUGCUUUUGAUGCAAAUUAAUUCUUAGGACUCCUAACUUCCUGCACACAUGUGUGGACUCUAGUCAUAAAAAAAUUACUGUAUAUGGGUGAAAUUGUGCUAGGAUUCCCAAAUUCUAGUAAUAGGCAUACAUUAAAGAAUAUAAUUGUUGAACACAAGUGUGACGUUUGUGU